UGCGUCUACCUGUAUUCUUCUACCAUGUUAUGAAUCAAAUCGUGCGCUCACGCAACAUUUUGUUAAAAGUCGUUUAAGGAACUAGAUCCUCCGUGAACUAUUCAACCCAAGAGAAAGUCGAUCUACACACCCCUAGAAUCGAUAUUAUUGAAAUGAGUUCCCAGACAGUGCGAAAUCCCGUGUCCCAGAUCAUCCACAAUAAAGAAACUCUAGAUGAUGAAGAACCGAAGAAAAAAUCUCGUGAGGAUUGGCGUAAAGCUAAAGAACUAGAAGAGGCACGAAAGGCUGGUACUGCACCUGCUGCUGUUGAUGAGGAGGGUCGUGAUAUCAACCCACAUAUUCCACAGUACAUUUCAAACGCUCCGUGGUAUUAUGGGGCCCAGGGUCCAACGCUUAAACAUCAACGGCCGCAAAGAAGCGAGGACCGGGGAGAAUUGGAGAAGCGAGCGCCCAAAGGAGUUGACACUUCUCGCCUAGUUACAAAGUUCCGAAAAGGGGCAUGUGAAAAUUGCGGUGCCAUGACCCAUAAACGAAAAGAUUGUUUGGAAAGGCCACGGAAACUUUUAGCUAGGUAUUCUGAGUCAAUUGUUGUACAUGAUGAAUUUAUUAUCAAAGAGGAAUCGGUUAAUUAUGACGAAAAACGCGAUCGAUGGAGCUCGUAUGAUCCAGCAUGUCACAAGGAAAUAAUAGAAGAAUAUGAAAAAGUAGAGGAAACAAAGAGACAACUGAAAGCAGAAAAAUUAAAGAAUGAUCCCGAUGCGGAACUAUCCGACGAUGACAACAACGAAGACAAAUACGUAGACGAAGUUGACAUGCCAGGCACAAAAGUAGAUUCAAAACAACGUAUUACAGUCCGUAAUUUACGUAUUAGGGAAGAUACUGCUAAAUACUUAAGGAAUUUAGACCCCAACAGCGCAUACUAUGACCCUAAAACAAGAUCAAUGCGUGAUAAUCCAAAUCCUAAAGUGCCAGCUGAAGAAGCUGAAUUUGCCGGUGAAAAUUUUGUAAGAUUCUCAGGCGACACGACUAAGCACGCAACGGCACAAUUGUUUGCGUGGGAAGCUCACGGUAAGGGCGUUGAUGUGCACUUAUUAGCGGAACCCACCAAAUUGGAACUGUUACAAAAAGAAUACGAGAAAAAGAAGGAACAAUUUAAAUCUAGUACUAAGGAUCACAUUGUUGAGAAAUAUGGCGGCGAUGAACAUUUACAAGCUCCUCCAAAAUCUCUGCUCUUAGCACAAACCGAAGAAUACAUUGAAUAUUCAAGAAGUGGUAAAGUUAUAAAGGGAAUGGAAAAACCCAAGGCUCGUAGCAUUUACGAAGAAGAUGUAUUAGUCAACAACCAUAUGUCCAUUUGGGGAAGUUAUUACAAUGGAGGCCGCUGGGGCUACAAAUGUUGUAAAUCGUUUAUAAAAAAUUCGUAUUGUGUAGGUCUGAAAGAUCCUGAAGCAAUGCCAGAAACAUCUACCGAUAUGGAAUCAAAGGAACGGCUAGCUGACGACAUAAUCCUUUGUACAAAACAAACAAAAGGUACUGUCAAUGACCACUCGGAGAUUUCUUCAUCAUCCAGUUCAAGCUCGUCAUCGGAAGAAGAGAAAGAGUUGCAGAAAGCGGCUUUAGAAAAUACAAAAAAUAAGAAGAAAAUGAAAAAGAAAGAACGAAAACGAGCUAAAAAGAUAAGAAAGUUAGAAAAGAAAAUAGCCAAAUCGAAGAAACAAAUGGAACAAUCAAAAUCGCAAGAAGGGCUAAAGAGGGAUAAAACCGAAGUGGACGAUGAGAGAAAACGACCUUACAACAGUAUGUAUGAUGUUAAGGCACCUACAGAAGAAGAAAUCGAAGAUUGGCAGAGAAAACGCAGAAGGGAGGAGGACCCAAUGCUACAAUUUAUGAAAUGAAUUAACAGGCAUGUCACAGAAACGAUCGAAAGUGGCAUUAACUCCGUAAUAUGCUUCUUCUUUCUCGGAACAGAUACUUGUAACUCUACAACGCUCUAGAGUAAAAUAACUUUUUUUAUCUUGUUAUUUAACAUAUAAAUUAUUCUUUUGUGAAAACUAAAGAAGGAUAAACUGAAGCAGAGAAAAAACAAAACAAAAAUAACAGUACGUUCAAUUAUAAAGGGAUUAAAAUUGUCAUAUCCAUUAUUUAUACUUCAAAUAAAUCCUUUCAAAGUAGGUUAACCCUACAACAAGCUCUAACAUAAA